CGGAUUUCGGGAUUCUUUACUCUGAGCGGAAGAGCCGUCCGUGUUAAAUACUCUACACCGGCGUUUGCAGGUCUUGCAGAUGUGUCAAUAUCAGAAGAUAUCCCUGUAGAAGGUGAAAUUACUGUUCCUGUGGGGCCUAAUUCUCCAGAUGAAGACUACUCCACAUUGGAUGAACCAGUUAAGGAAACAGUUAUGCGAGAUUUAAAAGCAGUUGGAAAGAAAUUUGUCCAUGUCAUGUAUCCCAAAAAGAGCAGUGCCCUCCUCAGAGACUGGGAUUUAUGGGGUCCAUUAAUCCUGUGUGUUUUACUUGCACUAAUGCUUCAGGGAGGAGCGGCAGAUAGUACAGAAGACAGAGGGCCUCAGUUUGCAGAAGUGUUCGUUAUCAUCUGGUUUGGAGCAGUUGUCAUAACACUAAAUUCCAAGCUACUGGGAGGAACCAUAUCUUUCUUUCAGAGCCUUUGUGUCCUGGGCUACUGUAUUCUGCCACUGACCGUGGCUCUUUUGGUCUGCAGGCUUAUACUGAUAGCAAACAGUGGGACUGCUGGCUUUGUUGUGCGUCUUUUAGUCGUGGUGGCGAUGUUUGGCUGGUCAACUCUAGCGUCUACAGCCUUCCUGGCAGACAGCCAACCCCCAAACCGCAAAGCCCUUGUUGUCUAUCCCAUUUUCCUUUUCUAUUUUGUUAUCAGCUGGAUGAUCCUCACCUUUACACCAUAGGGAAUGUACUCUCAGAAAAGACUACAAAACUGAAUGAAGGUGUUUUUGGUUGCUUUUCUAUGAAAGCCUCUGUCUGUGGUUGACUUGCCCACCUCUUACUCUGUUUCUGCCUUUAUUUAUAAUGAAUGUGGUGAAAAGGCUGGCGGGUUCCUUGGCCAAAACCACAAAAGGCCUCAAACUGCUCUGUGGUUCUUUGAAGAGCACUACUUGUCUCUCUCUGCUGAGUUUUAUUUUCUACUGGUUCUGUUGUAAGCAUCCAGCAAGGAGAAUGGCUAAAUAUGAUUAUAUCUUGGGCCAUCAAGAUGGUUAACAAAAGAAAAUAUUGACUAUCUAGGGUUAACCAAUUUAUCAGAACUCCACAGUUCUUUAUGAGAAUCCUGUCUUGCAUAUUUCAAAACAUUUGCUUACUUGGGAUAGGAAAUGCUAUCCAGUCUGAUUUAUUGUCCAAAAGCUAAAAGGAGAAAGCUGCAAGAAAGAGGCUUUGUCUUUUUUUUACUUUUUUCAUCCUCUUUCAGUUGUUCAAAUUAGUGCAGUUUCUUCAGUCCCAGUGGAUUGCUUCAAAAGAGCUUCUGGAAGAAGGCAAAAAUAAAGCCAUUGGCCUUGCUCACCUGCAAGGGAUCUUGGUUCUCUGUUUAAUCCAGGAGAAAAAAUAAUUUGCAUCAGACUAUUCAGCUGUUAAGUGUAGAGAGUCAGUUCAGGCGAGAGUGACUUAAAGGUGAGUUUUGGCACAGGAGGUCCUGAUUCUGAGCACGUGAAACACAGAGUUCAAAUUCUUACCUCAGAGCGGACCUUGUCAUAUAAAAGGAUUUCAGCUGCUUAAGACCUGGCAUCCAGCAAGUCUCGCUGGGGUGGUCUUUCUAACAGGCUGUUGCUGUCCUCUGCCCUUGGGAUUGAUUACGAAAAGGGCAGUGGGCCUUCUCUGUGAGUUCUGUUUUUUGUAAAUUAUAAAAUGAGGAAAAUAUUUAUGUAGCAAGGUAUGGCAUAAGCUGUGUUUUCUGAGUUCUGUGCAUUCAUAUGUAUUGUGAAAGCUUUGGAGGAAGCUGGCUCUCAGAAUGAAGUUGUUCUUGUCUAGCCAGAUCCAGGCAGUAGCUGACAGUUUAGUGAUACAUAGUUUAAUUCACACAGUGUAAUACCUUAUUUUAUGUAAUUACUUUACCUGUUAAAUUACCUCAAAUUUAUUUUGUGUAUAACUGCUGGGGUUUUAUUUUUAAAGAGUAAAAACUGUUCUAUAUAAUACAUAGGUUGCUUCUUUGUGUUUCUCAUUGCAAAUAUCUGUGUUUUUUUUCUUUACUAUGAGUUUAAUUUAUCCUUUUUUAUUUUCUCCUCUAAAAUUCCAGCUGUUGGGCUUUUGUUUCUCUCCAUUAAAAAAAAGGUUGAGAGAAAUUGCUUUGUUCUUGCUCUGUUUGCCAUCAAAUGUAGAAAAGAGCAAGUUGAUGUGGAACAUUUAUAUGCAGAAUGUAAAUACACUGGGUUAAGAUCUGUGUGGGGACUUAAAAGAACCUCUUUAAGAUUAUUUCUGUUUAUAACAACCUGAACUUAAAUAAUUUCCUCUGCAUAAGGAAAGUUCUUUUUAAAAUACUUGCUGUGUUUUCUAGAGGAAGUUAAGAAAAAAAAAGCCAUAAAGAUCCUUUAAAAUUAAUCUCCCCUGUGAAAUUUUAUUUUGUAUAUCAUCCUAAUUGGAUACAAAUAUCACCUUUACUCUUCUCACAAUGUCUUGACCUGUAUACUUUGUCACUUCCAGGUUUGGCCUGGAAAUAAAACAUCACAUGGUAAUUUUCUUUUCAGCCAAACUUACUCGAUUACCUUGUAUGUGGGUCUGCAUGAUAAUUGAAUAAGUUUGGUUGAAAAGAAAAUCUCUUAUUGGUCAAAAGCCGAGUUAAUGAUACUGUCUUUCAGCAACAGCAGCUUAGGCCAGUCUGGUUGCUUGAAAAUAUCUACACUAUAUUCCUCAAUAUUAGGACAGCUGGUUUUAGAAAGGAAGACUGGUGUUAGUUUUCUGACUUCAGUCUUAGCAUCAAAUGGAGUUGCGUGGCAGAAGAAUCUUGUUUUGUAGACUCUGGAUGAGAGAUUGGUUUGUAGGUGAUAUUUUUAUAUAUUAUACAAAGUAGAUAUAUUAAGUUAUCAAUUAACCUUAGCCAAAAUGAGUUAUUUGGUGUAGUUAGUCCCAUCCCUUUUGAUAUGCGAUAUUGCCUUUUGCAAGUCAUGUAAUGAGGUGUAAUUUUUUUGUGUGCUUAUUACACCAGUUGUAAUUUUUUAAAUUUUUCCUAAUGUUUCACUAAGAAAUUUGAGGUGUGAUAUUAGCUAGUGCUUAUUCCCAGUGCUGUAUGUUUCAGUUACUGUAAUGAGACUUAAGAGUUUAUUGUUUAGUUUAUGCUGAUUAGAUAGUAAUCUGUCCUUUCUCCACUAAUCCUAAUGCUUUUUUACCAAUAGGAAAUGCUCUACACUGCUGAAUGACUUUGUAGUAAGUUUUUUCCCCCCUUAUAUUGAGGUUCAGAAAAAGAAUAGGUAACUCUUGUGCUCUUUUUUUCUCUGUUGUGACCCACAGAGAAAACUUGACUGGAAGAUGUUAGUAAAAUGAUUUGAUGCCAUUCUAGAGUGAAGUACCUGCAGCUGCUUUAUGUUCCUUUCCCCGUUCCUAGGAGGACAACCAUGCGGUGCUGAUGCAGAGAGAGGUGGAAGUCAGUACUCUUUCUGUUGCGUAUAGCCUCGUAUAUGGGAAAAUUUAUUCAGCUGAAGUCCCGUAAACACAAGAUGUAAUAUAUGAAGUUGUUGUCAUUAUUAUCAUUAUUAUUAUUGACAUUUAUAAGACUGCUCAAUUCUGAUGACUCAGGGCAGUGUAAAGUAAAAAUCAUACAGUACAAUUUUUACAUGAAUUGAAAUAGAAUACUAGUUGAUUGGUUUGGAAGUGAUUGAUAUGGAAAGAAGAAUGAAGUGUGGGGGUUCCAUACAUUUUACUGAUGUUCUUACCCAAAAGCAGCACAGUCUAUAGUGUUUACAAAUUGCUAUUUCAUCAUGUGCUGAGGACAAAACAGGCUGAUAGAUAAGAUUAAUAUUGGUCUUGUACACAAUAUAAUUGCUAGUGUUUGUGUUGGGGUGGGGUGGGGAAUAACAUAUGUAAAUUAUUGUAGAGUUUUACAAAUUAAAAGACUGGAAGGAAAAUGUGUAAAUCUGUAUUAUGUAGCUCACAAACUCUUUCAGCUGUCACUUCCAGUUUUUAAAAUACAGUUUUAAAAUUUUAUGUAAGUAUCUGAAAUUAGAAUGUGAGUAGCAUUAAGCACUCUGGCUUAAAACUUGGAAUUAAAAAGUUACUACUUUUUAAGUAAAAUAAACUCUCAAGUAGAAGUGAUACAUUUGUAAGAAAUUUUGAAUUUGGAGAACCCUAGAUUUUAGUGGGGAAGUGCAAGGACAGAAUUUGGAUAAAAUAGACAUACAUUUAAUAAAUUGUCAAACCUAAGCUUCUUUCAUUGCCUUAAUAUAAAAUGCAUCAUUUUAUAGAUUUCUGUAUAAUAUUAUACUAGAAUAUUUAUAUAGUGUAAGAAUAAAUUAUUUUGUUUUUUUUUAACUAGACUAUAAACAUGUAAAAUGUUUUGAAAGCCUUUCACAUUAGCUGCAUAUACCUGCCUCCCAAAUAGUAAAAUAUUUAAAUUGUUUAUCUGAAAUCAUUAACUAUGAACUAAGGCUUUCUGCCAAGUUUUACAAGUCCAUGCUAAACCUCGAUUGGGUAUAGAGACAAACUGAGAUUGCACAUGACAUAAUAGGGCCUUUGAAAGUAAUUCCUUCUGUCUUAAAAGGCAUUGGAUUGCCUCAUCUUGGAUUAAAAAAUGUUCAUUUGUCACAUUGUUUGUUUUUCAUACAUGCUGUGAAAUGAGUGUUUUGAUUUAUUUGCAUGCUGUUAAUAAAAGUACGUCUUAACUUUUUUUUUUUUUUUUAAAGGCAGGAUAUUUUAAUUAGUUCCCAAGUGGCCAGUCUUGAUCAGUGGAAACAUGGAGCAAGAUUCCAGAUGAAAACAAAUUUCUGGAACAUGUAAAUUGUCAAAUAGUGAGACUGUAGAUUUCCUUUGCCAAUUGAAUUAGCCUCAGCUGUUGAGGGAAAAUGAACAAAUUAUCCCCAAUAAUUCCCCAGCCCAGAGAAUCAUGACUAUGUAGUUUUUCAAUGAGGUUGUUCUGAUUUAUAAUGACCUCGAUUUAUAUGAUAAUGUACUUCUUCCAUAAUUCAUAA